CUUUGCCCAUCGUUCUGCCAGAAAGAGCAUUGAUCGAGAAGCUCAGAUGAUCACCGUAUUGGACGGAAGAGGUAAGGAGCCUGGACGCCCGGCUGAAGAUCCUCCCCUUUGCGGAGCUAUGAGCAGCUGGUCAAGACGAGAUCUUAAAGUGCUGAUCGGCUGAAGGCAAUGACGAUGGGUGCAGGAAGGACAAAGUAUCUGCGCCGUUUCUCGUUAUGUCGAUGUCGCUUCCCUCUCCGUGAGACGAAGUAGAAGGCACAGUAUCUUGAUCUUGCUGGUUCCUUCGUUUUCUUUGUUUCUUAAGACCCGACAUUCCUUCCCCAGCCAUCUCUCCCAUACCUCGCCCCAACCACCAAUUCAAACCCAGAUUGUUCCUUUGCAUCUUGAGCUCACUUCAUCAACACCAUACAGAAUGCUCUCUCUUUCGCUUCUCGCGCUGGGCAUCGGCGCCUCUGCAGCAUCGAUUCCACGCCAAAUAUCUCCAUGCACCUUCGCGAUGACCGCAGUUGGCGAGCCAAACGGUACAAUAGUCGAAGACACCAUCGGCGAGAAUCGAAUCGGCGGCGUCUAUCCUCAAGGCAUCUACUACAUGGACGGCCACACUCUCUUCGAUGGUCUGCACCACAAUUGUCUCAUCUGGCCCUCUACUUUCCAAUUCCAAUGUACGCAAGGCGCUGGGGGAUCUACAAACUUCACACUGGCAGAUGAUGGGAACCUGAUGCAUGAUGCCAGCGAGAAGUGGUUUGCAUGCCCGUCAGCCGGUCCUGGAGAUGAUGGGAGCUACAAUAUCUUCAGUGACGCGUUGAAGAAUACCACAGGCUGUCAGAGCGUCACGUUGAGAACCGGGGGAUUCAGCUGUACUGCUAUGGGUCGUCCUUCUUCCUCUGCUGCACCAACAGCAACAGCUUCACCAGUUUUGGCAGCCCAAAAUCCAGCAGCAUCUACGACCUCUGCAGCGCUCACAUCUUCAGCGGCACACUCCUGCCCAACAGACAUUUCCGGUGGUGUGUUCCAAUUUCCCCACCUCAUUGUCCCAACCUCUCCUCAAGCACCCAACACCUCCUUCGGCAACUCCUACAAAGCCUACGUCUCACCAACAAACACCACCCUCUUCAACUUCGACCUCCCUUCCGCCGCACCCUAUAACGGGACCUGCGCACUACUCUUCCUCUUCCCCUUCGGUUCCGACCUCGACCCCUCAGCAGGGAAGUACUACUUUUCCGGGAUCGAAGAGGAGCUAGGUGAGAAAGGAGGCUUGGAUUUUGCUUUACUGAAAUCCGGAAUUGAAAGCGGAACGACAUAUGGUAAUAUGCCGCCGCUCGCGACAGAUUACGGCAAAACGGAGAUCCUGCCGGGGAAUAAUUACACGAUUGCUACAUUUAGCUGUGGCGGGAAGCAGAGUGCGUUUAGUGUUAGUAGUGUGGGGGGUGUGGAGUUGGAUUACUUUCAGGAUAGUGCGCCGAGUCCGAUUGGGGUUUAUGUUGUGCCUUGUUCUUGAUUAUUGGAGUGGAUGGGAGAAUGAGAAGUGCCCAGAAAGGGGCUGGUAAUUAUAAUGAGGGGCUCUGGAAGCAAAACCAAAAACAUGCAUGGAGAGGAGAAUGGUCAUGAGUUAUGAAACGAAAAGCAUUGAUUGUGGGUAUAGAGAUUGAUACACCGAUGGGAAUGAGCUUUAGAAUGUAAUGAAAAUCCU